AAAACCUUAAGGGUUUAAGGUCUUUUAUCUAAUUUUUAAAAGCCAAAUUCUACAUAAAUGCACAUUUUGUAAAUCGAGGCCUCUAAUUCCCUGGCAACAUUUUUUGUAUAAUGGACAAUGUGGAAUAAAAUGUCAGUCCCCUCCGCCUCUACUGGUGCCAUGGCUGAACCAAGCUGGUGGAAGCUGACCUUCUCACGCAAGAAGAAAUCUGAAUCUAAGGUCCUGUAUGAGAUCCCAGCGGAGUAUGGCAGUAACACCGGAAACAAAGAGCACUCCAGCAACAAUCCCCCUGCAGACAACAUGGACAGCCAGUUCAAUGCUCGGCUCGAGAAGAUUGUGGAUAAAUCUGCCACCAAGGGCCGCCACGUCAAAGUCUCCCACUCUGGACGCUUCAAGGAGAAGAAGAAGGUCCGUGCCACGUUGGCCGAGAACCCAAGUCUGUUCGCAGAGCACAGCCUCAGUGACGAGAACCAUAAAAAGAAGACUGACAAAUAGCACAAACACAUGCACGUACUUGAUCCCACAUGUGUCAUAAAUGAGUGUCACACUUAAAGGCUGAGAUGAAGGAUGAAAUAUACACAAGCACAACCAUGUGGCGCUACAUGUGCAACGUGCAAGCUGGAUAAACACAAGGCACCACACCCAUAGAUACCGUAACCAACGGACUCACACCUAUACAAACAGCUGGUAUCAGCAAACCAUUAAACAAAGUACAGGAGACAUUUUUUAUUAUGUCUCAUUUUCUCUCUCUGUUAUUUAUCUUCACAUUCUGUCUCACCUCAUGCAAACAUCCCUAUGAAUGACAUUAUUGUACAUUUAUUUUUAUUAUUAUGGAUGUAGAUUGUUGGAAUCAAAAGCCCUUUUGUUAUGUCUUACGCAAUCAAUACAAAAGAAAUGUGUGCGCACAGUGCAACCAAAGUACAGUCAAUUUGUAUUACAUUUUCACGACCAAAGCAUUUUGAUUUUCAUGUCGGAAACAUUGUGGAUUCUCUACAUCUGGUAAAUAAUUAUUUUAAAUACAAGCUGUUUAUGUAACCUUUUCUGGAAGCAAAAAAAAACGUAU